GCUGUAGUUUGUUCUGGCCCAGCGCGAAGUGAGCUGCUUUGGGUUGCCUCUUCUGAGAGGGACGUUCUGAGUGAGGCGCUGCUUAGACCUUCGUGCUUGCUCUUGAUUCAUCCCCUUAUGAUGAGCGGGGUGGCGUCGUUUUCAUAUUGCAUUUUGGACAUUUGACAAAAAAUAACUUCCCCGCCGCCGAGGAAGAAGGAGAAAAACAGCAGCCCCGAAGCAACGCCAUGGAGCUUGCUCUUCCUAGGUAAGCGCGCGACAAGAUUGCAGCUUGCUUUGCAUUGGCUGUGGUUGCUUUUCUAGGUCGCUUUUCAUUCACAUGACUCCCGAAGCGGCAUGCAAACAAUAAAUAGCAACAACGUGAGUAAAAUAUAAUAAUAGAGCAUCACAAAUGCAGCACAAAUUGUAUAAAGUAAUUGGCCAACCGUUAGCAAAACGAUUGCAAUCUAUAAAAACCUGCGGGAUUAUCUUAGCCAGUCGAGCGUGAGACUCUUCAUUUCAGGGUUAAUAAUGAUCUGAUUUACGAGUCUCAAAUCCGGCCGUUCGGAUUAUUUCAACCAAUUUUGGGGCUCGAAAGCCAAUUCUGUUUUUUGUGUGGUUUUUUUUUAGGGACCAGCCUUCUAAAGCUAUCAAACCAAUAGACCAGAAAUCUGUCCAUCGGAUUUGUUCAGGACAGGUGGUGCUGAAUCUGUGUACUGCGGUGAAAGAACUGGUGGAAAAUAGCAUAGAUGCUGGUGCUACCAAUGUUGGUAAGCUUACUGUCAAGUGCGCGUGUUUAGCAAUCUUAUUAGCAUGUUGCUUAUGUUGGUGUUUGCACGUGCAGGGAGGGAGGCAUGUCUGCAAACUGGCAGCUUUUACAAAUGGAAAAGAGAACAGAAGUAAUAAAAAAACCACGUUUGACUAAGAGUGUCCUGGCAUACAUUUUGAACGUUAAAAGGACAAUGUCUAGAAAUCCCUUCACUGCUGUAAACCUAUAUGUGGCAAAAUGUGGUGAUGUUUUGUAAUUGUUAUGUGACAAAUAUUCUUUAUAAUUUGUAGAAGUGAAACUUAAAGAUUAUGGAGCAGACCUUAUUGAAGUUUCUGAUAACGGUUGUGGUGUAGAAGAAGAGAACUUCGCAGGCUUGAGUAAGCUUUGUUUCAUGCCUCGUUUUCUAUAUGCAAAUCUGUCAGAUCAGUUUGGUUAAGAAAAGCUAUUAAUAUAAUCUCAGAACCAAUUUUACUUUCCAGUUUCAUGCUGAUGGCGAAAUGCAAAAAACAUCCAGGUCAUGCCACAUACACAGCAAAGCUGCAUUUUAAAAACCAUUUACUUUAGCAGCAGUACUUGUCAUCCUUAGAAAUAUUUGUUUAAUGACUACAUAUCUCACCCUUGAAAUAAAACUCAGUCUUCAGUGAGAGAGUUGAGAGCCACAGAUGAUUAGGUUUGACCUCAACAGAACAGAGAGUUCGGUGGAGUGUAUCUUUUAUGUGAAUUGUGGGGUAGCAGUUGGAUUGGGGGGAAGUAGCAGAAACGAAAUUGUCUCCACUACUUCCUGUCCCUCCUCAUUGCUUUUGCUAGCAAAGUCACUUAAGAGUCUAGCAAGAAAAGAAAUCUUGAUAGCACUUUACUGAACAAAAAUGAACAAAAAUAGUGUAUGUAAUGUUCAGAGGAAGAAACGGAGAGGUUUUGUCUUUCUUUAUUCAGGCCUUGUACUCAGUACAGAAACAUUAAACCAGAUAUAUGGAAGAAAAACUCCCCCAGAACUCACAGCCAAUCAAGGCACAUGCUGCCUCCGCCUCCACUUGCUCAACUGACUGACAGCAGAAUUAACUCUUAAGAUGCAAACUGAAUGAGCCCUACUGUUGCAGUUAUAACAGUUUCCUUGACUAGGUUUUUGAGUAAAGGCUGCUUUGUCUUUUGAUACUGCCACUCCGGGUGAUGAGAGAAAUCUGGGCUUCUCACCAGUGUUGGUGAGUAGGACAUUGGUUGACUGGGAAGAAGCAGACUUGAGUGGCUUGAGAGCUGGCAGUGUCAUCAGGGAAUAUUUUUGGGCAGAAGUCCAAGAUCUACUCAGAAGAAAAAGCAGGAGGCUCCUCAAGCACACAUUUUGAAAUAAUGCAUGUUGCCAUCUUUAAAGAAGAGGCAGGGCAUACAAGUCCAUUAAUUCCAGAGUCUAAAAUUAGGUAAUCUCAAACCAGGUGUGGCAUAUUUUUGGCCCUACAGAUGUUGUUGAACUACAACUCCCAUCAGCCCCAGCAAGCAUAGUCAAUGGCUAGAGGUGAUGGGGGUUGUAGUUCAAGUUCCCUGCAAAUGUUUUAGACUCUGGACUUGAUGGACUUAUGGAACUUACUGCACCACUGUGGGGAAUACUGUGUUAUUUGCAAACCAAUAAUUAAACAUACGCCAAACCACAUCAUGGAUAUAAAGCAAUAAAGUCUUGACUCAAUUGUUUUAAUUAUUUUAUGCUAGGUUAUAUUAUACAAAAGGCAUCUGAAUGACUUCUUGUUUUAUCUUACCAUUUAUUUUUCCAGCUCUGAAACACUAUACUUCUAAGAUACAAGACUUUUCUGACCUUACACGUGUUGAAACAUUUGGCUUUCGAGGUGAAGCUCUGAGUUCCCUAUGUGCAUUGAGGUAGGAUUCUUCUCUGCUUUAGUGCAGAGCUCUGGCCAGAUCAGUUGGCACAUCUUAUACCACAGUCCUUUCCCAUUCCCGUAAGAAUCUUUGAGCAGAAUGGGAGCCCAAGUUUAAAAGAAGCAAGUUUUUACAAUUUAAAAUUGUUGGCAUUAAAUGCGGGGUGGUUUUGUUUUUUUAACUCCUGGAAGCUUUUGUUCCCCUGUAGCAUUUAUUUGUUCUUUUCCUCCAGUGAAGUUUCCAUCAUUACUUGUCACAAAUCUGCAAAGGUUGGCACACGCUUGGUAUUUGACCACAGUGGGAAAAUCACUCUGAAGACCCCCUGCCCACGACAACAGGGGACAACUGUCAGUGUGCAGCAGUUAUUUUAUACCUUGCCGGUACGACAUAAAGAAUUUCAGCGCAACAUUAAGAAGGUAGGAGCAGCUUACUAGUAAUGUUGUUUUUAAGAGUGAAUGUAAGAGAUCCUAACAAAGGCAAGGGCCAUUGGAGGGAGUGAACAAAGGUGUUCCUUUACCAGAUGGUAAAGUCAGAUGGGAAGGAUCCAAAAAUAAACAAGAAACUAGUUCUGAGUAAACACCUGCCUUCCUUCACAAAUAUGCCUAGUAGAUGCAAAAAAAAUAAUGUUGAUCAUUAUCAUUUUUAUUAUUACACUUGUUAGUCGUUUUUCUCAGAGUGACCCAAAGCAACUUACGUUAAAACCAAUUAAGAACCUCCAAAAAACACAGCUAUGAAGAUAAAAGGCAGGACUUACAGAUGCCACCACACGAAAAGAGGCCAAAAGCCUGGGUAAAGAGAAGAGGCUUUGCCUGGUAAUGGCAAUGGUGGUAACUAUUUUUAGUUUAUAUAGUGCUUUAGUGUUCAGUGUACUUCACAUGUGAUUAUAGUGUGGUAAUCCCUAAAACAACCCUUUAAGGUAGGUCAGUACUAUUUUCCAUGUUGCAGUUGUAUGCCAGAGACUGAGAAUAUGAUAGCCUUAGACAAGCUAUCUUGCAAGCUCAUGACAGAUGCAGGUUUAAGUGGGAGGCUUUGUGGUUCUCAGCUUAGUCUUUUAACCAGUUCUAUUCACCAGCCCUUAUUAUUGUGUUGUUAUAGUCUAUGCGAUGAGGUAGGAUAAUAAGCCAUGAAUUAAAAGGUGUUUUAAAGUGGGAGGAAAAUGGCAGUGAUCACGCAUAGUCUGUGUAAGCAUGCUUCAUUACGUAGUCACUGGAAAAUCAUCAUUAUCUCUUUGUUUUUGCCAGGAGUAUGCAAAAAUGGUUCACGUGUUACAAGCAUACUGUAUCAUUUCAACAGGAGUUCGUAUUAACUGCACCAAUCAGGUUGGCCAAGGGAAGAAGCAAGCUGUGGUUUGCACCAGUGGGAGCUCAAACUUAAAAGAAAACAUUGGAGCAAUAUUUGGACAAAAGCAGGUAUUACUGUUAUUAUUAUUAACAUCCGUAUCGUUACAACUACUAGUCAUAUAGUUGUUGCUGCUGCUACUGCUACUACAGUGAACUAAUGCAACAGGUACUUCUACUUCUGCACAGUUAAUGCUUUGUACAGUUAACAAUGGAAAGAAAGUUGUCCUAGUGACAUUGGGUGGUGCUGUGCUUUGAAACCCAGAAUGUUGGGCCUUCAAAGAGCAGCAUGGAGCUGUUUGAAAGCCCUUUGUCAGCUGCCCUGCACUGCUCCUGAAACCUCCAAAAACCAGAGGUUUAAAGAGAAGCGUGGGGCUGUUUACAGUUUCCCAGCAGCCCUGUGCUGGUAUAUGAACCUCUGCUUUUUGGGCAGUGGCUGGGAAGGAGAAGCAAGUUCCAUCAACUACCACUUAUUUCCAGGUGCAGAGCUUGGUUCCUUUCGUUCAGCUACCCCCUAGUGAUGCUGUCUGUGAAGAAUAUGGCCUGAAUGUUUCUGAUAUGCCAGCCAAUUUUUAUACGUAAGUAGAAGAUUGUACGCACCUCACAGUCUAUGCAGCUUCCCUAUGUUUAAUUGGCUUAGGCUGCAAAUCCUAAAUCCCUCCUUACAUGAGGGUAAUGCCCACUGAAUUCAGUGGGACCUCUGAGUAGAUAUGUUUAGGAUUGUGGCCUUAACCAUUCAGCUUUACAAUUUUAAGGUGUGUCAGUCACGUCUAUUAGUCUUCCUUGCCACCUGGAACCAAUCGAGGAGACUGCAUGAAAAUUAUUGCGUUCUCAUUUUAAGCGUUUAGGGCAAAGAUAUACUAAAUUAGGCUUAAGUGAAAUGAGUCCCACAAGCUUCCUGGUUGAAGUUCUGGGUUCUCUGACAGGUGUACCAGCUGUGUUGGGCAUGUCAAGAUGCUCAGCUUGGAAUAGUCAUUCCCCACAGUUCAAGGGCAGCUGAAUAAUAAAAAAUGAAUGAAUAUUGUAAUCCAUUUAUCUUUUAUAUUUAAGGAUGUGUGGAUAGUUAUUUUCUGGAUAUGGGUAGACCUGCUGUGACAAAGUUUGAGAACUUUUGAAGAAGGACCCAGGAAUUAAAAGCUCAUCUUUUAUUUUUUAAAAAAAGCCAGUGUACCUGGCAUAAGUGCUUAGCUUCCUCACUCGUUCAGCAGUGAGUGAGAAGUUUGCUGGAGAUUGCCCUUUCCCAGGAUGAAAGUCCGUUGACAAGUGGUGACAGAUUUGCUGGUGUGCGAGUCUGUGGUAGCUAGGCAACCCCACAAAUUUCAGCUUUAGUCUUUUUGAAAGAAAGAAAAAGAAAGAAAGAAAGGUGUGUCAAAUUGCACAGCUUCUAUGCUUUUCUUCUUUGGAAAUAUAUCCUCGACAUAUUUACUUUGAUCAGUAUCACAGGCUUUGUUUCCCGUUGCGAUCAUGGUGUCGGGAGAAGUACCACAGACAGGCAGUUCUUCUUUAUCAACCAGCGGCCCUGUGAUGCAGGCAAGGUAUGGCUCUCUCUCACAACACACACAAUACCUUCGUUCUUCGCUUUUACAGCCUUCGAGCUGUAGUUUGCCUUUCCACCCACUGUGUCAGGGAAGUGGUGCAACAUUACCGUAUUUUAAUAUUUGGUUGGAAGCCGCCCAGUGUGGCUGGGGAAGCCCAGCCAGAUGGCAGGGUAUAAAUAAUAAAUGAUUAUUAUUAUGUCUGCAACACCUUCUUCUGGAGAGCCAGUGUGGUGUAGUGGUUAAGAGCGAUAGACUCGUAAUCUGGGGAACCGGGUUCGCGUCUCCGCUCCUCCACAUGCAGCUGCUGGGUGACCUUGGGCCAGUCACACUUCUUUGAAGUCUCUCAGCCCCACUCACCUCACAGAGUGUUUGUUGUGGGGGAGGAAGGGAAAGGAGAAUGUUAGCCGCUUUGAGACUCCUGAAGGGGAGUGAAAGGCGGGAUAUCAAAUCCAAACUCUUCUUCUUCUUUUCUGGACAGGUUUCCAAAGUUGUGAAUGAAGUGUACCACAUGUACAACAGACACCAGUAUCCAUUUGUGGCUCUUAAUAUAUGUGCAAAUUCCGGUGAGUCACACACAUUUCUCUAGGAAAAACUUGAAAGAUGAAGUAUGUUUAUGUGUGCAGUUGUUGUUUAGCAGUUGGGAUAAACAUCCUGAUUCUUUGUCACUCGGUUGGCAGUAAAUCUCAAUUCCAAUACUCAUAAGCCAGGUUGCCACCAGGCCAUUUUUUUAAAAAAAGAGCUUGGUUUUCUUCUUUCUUUUUAAUAGAGGUUUGAUAGGCAGAAAUCAACGUGAAGCUUUCCAUGAUAUGCUGCUAGACUACCCGCUGCUGAUAAAAAGCAGCAAGAAGUCUAGUUCAAAAGCUGAUAACCCUACUUCAAACAAAUGUGUGCUGUUUUUUUCCCUUCAGAUUGUGUUGUAAAUUGAUGCAUAAUCUCUACACUCUGAAGUGCAUUACUCUUAAAUUUUACCCUGUUGAUAAGAAAUCUUCUAAACCGGGGUGAAGUGCCUGAAUUGGCUUGUUCACUGCUAACAAACCACAAUACGAAGCCAUGGUUUGUUGUUUACUAAUGAACUUUAGUUUGUUUUAACUAGAGCUUGGAGGUGCAUAUUCACCUAACACCCUUCCUUAAUCAUGGUUUGUUUGCCCACCCAGAUGCUCACCAAAUUGCAAAGGCACGAGGCAAAAAGUUGCUAGAAGAUUUUGGAGAGACAAGGCGUGGUUCAUUUGUUUUUUGUCUGCAGGACAGCUUUCGAUUAAUUCAUUUGUUAAACAUGCUAUGGCUUCGCUUAAGAAAACUAUGACUAAAUGUUAAUGUGAACCAAGCCAAUAUCAUUUUAUGUCUUUGUUUUUAGAAUGUGUUGACAUCAAUGUGACACCCGACAAAAGGCAAAUAAUGUUGCAGGAAGAGAAACUACUAUUGGCGACUCUAAAGACUUCAAUGUUGGGGAUGUUUGGCAGUGAUGUUAACAAACUCAUUGUCAACCAAAAAUUGCCAGAUAUUAAAGGUAGGAAUGACACCAGCCAUUUAAACCAACUCCUUUUCUAAGUGGAUAAUUUUGCUUUUUUUAAAGUGCAUUGUUAAUGGGCUGGUUCAACUGAUUGUGUUCGGCUACACACAGUGCGUAUUUCCUCAAAUGUCAGCCCAGCUGUAUUCCCUGGGGCUUGGGGCAAUCACUUCCGCUUAGAAUUCUGGCCUCGUUUAGUUAGAAAAACUCAGGCACAGUUUUAAUGUGAUUUCCUGCAGUGCCUUGCAUUGCGGACAAGGCAUCAGGUAUCAAUGAUUUCUGUCUGCAGUUGUGAAAUGGAGCUUGGCAUUUUCACAAGAUGGGUCCCAAAUUGGCCUGCUAAGCUGUUUUCCCUGAAUCACAUCUGCUUGCUCCAAACUUGAUGUGUUAUGGGCCAAGUAGAGAAGUGGCAGGUGGUGCACAAUCUGGAGCCUUAAAGUACACUCCCAAUUGUUGUCAGCGUCAAUUGAUGGUGACUGCAAGCCUGCUGGAUUUGCUGCAAGACCAAGUUCCCAAUGGGAAACUCCACUGCACAGCUGAUCAGUGGGGACUUCAAGCCUCACUUGACUUGGAUUUCCUUUUGUAGCAUAGCUUGUCACAUUACAAAGAAAAAAAUUGUCACCCAAUGUCAUCGUGAAGCCAGGUGAUUGACAAUUGGGCUGGCCUCCAUCCAACUGUCAGAGUGAUCCACUGGGGUUGGGGGGAUCUAGGAUCCAGCUGGCUGGCCAGAUCCAUUUCCCCACCCCUGCUCUCGCUGUUCUUUCUCUAAAUGGAGCCUCGGAGUUCUCUAUUGGGGCCUUGAUUUUUUCCUGUGGGUUGAUUUUUAAAUUGCAAUUUAAAACUCUCCUCUCUUCGCCCUUUCUUAGGAAAUUUCACAGUGCUUCAAGAAGAGGUAGAAAGCCCUGCCUUGGAAACUUUGCGUGGCUCCUCCUCUCAGAAUCUGAGUGCAAAAGAAAAAACAGCAAUCACUGUUGCCAAACUUAGGGAAUCAUUUUCUCUCCACCAAGUGAAAAAGGCCCAUUUUCAUGGUGUUGAAAACGCCAAACGUCAACAAAGUUCCUCUUUGCAGAAAGAACUUCCGGCAUUUUUUAGCAUUUUGGAUUCUCCAAAUAAGAAGACUGGCUCCAGCAAAGAGGCAGAGUGUGGAAGAGAGGAGGACCCAAGUACAUUCAUGUUUUGGGGCAAAAAACUCAAGAAAUCAGCAGAAGAUAGAGAUUCUGGUUGUGGGAGCACCUCAGCAGAAUCGGAAGUGGGUUUAAGCACGCCAGAAAAUGGUAGCUGUUCCAGCUGUGAAAACGCAAUUGGCUCACCUCUUGAAGAUUUCCCUAUUUUCAGAGAAGUUCAAAGUGGCAGUCUUGAGACGAGGGGAGAUUUCUGGGGAGCUGAAUGCAAAUUGAACCAAAGCAAAGAGAGCCAAUUAUCCCAGCAGGCAGACAGUUCACCCCCCAAAAUGAAACGUUUUAAGAUGAGCCAGCCUCUUUCUCAGGUGGCCACUCCGUCAAAGAUGGAGAAUGACCGGGAUUCUUCAGUCCUAUCGCAGUAUGAUGUACCUGUAGAACUGGAGAAGAAAACCGUACCGUUGGAGUUUUCUCUGAGCGCACUGAUGGGCAGAGUACAGAAGCUAAGCCAGGAACAGGAGAAGAAAGAAGCAGCGCUAAAAUUCAGAAAAUUCAGGGCAAAAAUUAGCCCAGGAGAAAAUAAAACAGCAGAAGACGAAUUAAGAAAAGAAAUAAGGUAUUUGACCUUUUAAAUUCCUCCAUUGGCAAAGCAGUGGUAUCUGUUUGACUUGAAAGGAGUUGGGAUGGCACAUCUGGAAUAUUUGCAGUGACCAGGAAAUCCUCACUGUAGAGUAGGUGAAACUUCGCUUUGCUUUGCACCGUGAGACACAGCUUUCCAUCUUACGUUCCCAUGCAAAAUUCUUCCCAGGUUCCCAUAUACUCUGCUUGAGGGACAGCUGGGCAAUGCUGCUUACACAUCUGUCCUUGACCAUGAGGUGACAGAGAGAGCUUUUCACAACUCACUGUGAUGCUCACUGUAACUUUCUGGAGCGAGUUGCUAGUCUUUUAGGCAGCUGGCCACAAGACCCCAAAAAACUGCAGACAAACUCCGGCUCCCUCAGCCAGUAAAGCAAGAUGAGCGCCGCAACCCCAGAGUCCUUCGCGACUGGACUUAAUUGUCAGGGGUCCUUUACCUUUACCUUUUUAGAAAACUUAAAGGGCUGAUAGUUCCCCUGCCCUAAAAUGCAAACACAUUUUUAACCUGCUUUCCCCACCCUUUCCCUAUAUACAGGAAAGAGAUGUUUGCUAAAAUGGACAUAAUCGGCCAGUUCAAUUUAGGGUUUAUAAUAGCCAAGCUGAACUCGGACCUCUUCAUCAUUGAUCAACAUGCUUCAGAUGAGAAGUACAACUUCGAGAUGUUGCAAGAGCACACUGUUCUGCAGGGGCAGAAGCUGAUCACGUAAGUGUCCCAAGAUGAGCAGCUGGCCGCUCAGUGCAGUCAGCGAAGGCCCUGCUGUUGGACCAGUUUCGUUGCUUUUUUAUUGCAUGGUAGAGCUUCUUUGGGAGUUGCUCUGGGUGUUCAGGGAGCAGAAGAGUGGGGUAGAAAUACUAAGUACAGUGGUACCUCAGGUUAAGUACUUAAUUCGUUCCAAAGGUCCGUUCUUAACCUGAAACUGUUCUUAACCUAAAGCACCACUUUAGCUAAUGGAGCCUCCUGCUGCCACCGCGCCACUGGAGCACAAUUUCUGUUCUCAUCCUGAAGCAAAGUUCUUAACCCGAGGUACUGUUUCUGGGUUAAUGGAGUCUGUAACCUGAAGCGUAUGUAACAUGAAGCAUAUGUAACCCGAGGUACCACUGUACUAGCUGAAUGGCAGUGAUUGGAUAAACAUAUUUUUAACUUGUGGCUGUUUAAAGAAGCACAUACUUGGGAUGGAAUGAGAUACAGCUAACAAAGGUAAUAAUUUGAAUGCAAGCUGAUUUAAGGGGGGGUGUAUGUUAGGGCUCAUAAAAGGGUUCUUUAUGGGAGUCCCUGGGGCUCUUUUUCCUCCCGCCUCACUUUUUAAAGCCUUUGUUUGUGCUUUACUUUGCCUAUAGGGUGUCUGGGUCCACUGCCAAGUACUUUGCAAGUUGAGGCACCAGCAGUCCUCCAUCUUAAUUUCUCAGGGGUAAUCUGUAAAUUAGCAUAUGCAAAUAUGUCCCAUGAACCUGUGUCCUGAGCCCCUUAGGUGAGGCACCCCUAAACUCGGCCCUCCAAAUGUUUAGGGACUACAACUCCCAUCAUCCUUAGCUAACAGGACCAGUGGUCAGGGAAGAUGGGAAUUGUAGUCUCAAAACAUCUGGAGGGUCGAGUUUGGGGCUGCCUGCCUUAGGUACUUAGCAGCCGGGUUAGAAUUGAAAAUUGGCCACAGGUUAUGGUGGGUUUUACAGCAUUUUAAAUACUUUUUAAAAAGAAGUUUAGCUGUUCUUGUAUUCAAAGUUCCAAUGAAUGCUAAGAUGAAUGUGAGGAUGGUCUUUUGAUACAUUUGAGGUUAGGUUUGGCUUACUCAAACCCCUUUUCCCCUCUGAACUUCAUAAAAAAGAAGAGGAAAAAAGAUAGUAGUAACAAGCAUUUCAUUGGAUGUAUAUUAAAAUAUCUCCAUCUGAUCUUUGGAGGAGCUUUGGGAUCCCAUCUGCUUUAUUCAUUUAAAGUAGACUAUACCAUUUAAGGAGAGUCAUGGCUUUCCCUAAACAGUUGUGGAAACUGUAGUUUAAGAGCUACAAUUCCCAGUGUGGUUUAACAAGCCCUCUUCAGGGAAGUUUGGGAUUGGUUGGUGGGGAACAGGGGUCUCCCCACAAUUCCUAGCACCCUUAAACUACAGUACCCAAGUGGCAUGAGACUGCUUUAAAUGUAUCAGGUGGGGCCUAACUUUUGCCAGAAUGUAUCAAGAUAAACACUUGUCACACUAACUUCACACCCUAUUCUUUUUUCAAUGUCUCCCAUUAUUUCAGGCCUCAGAAUCUUAACUUAACUGCUGUAAGCGAAAGCAUUUUAAUGGAAAACCUGGAAAUUUUCAGAAAAAAUGGAUUUGAUUUUGUUAUUGAUGAAGAUGGUGAGUUUCCGCCUAAAUGGGAUGCUAAUAUCUAGGGUACAAAGAUCUGCCCAAGUUCCUUUGCCCAAGUGGUGGUUGCUGUCUCUUUCUCUCCGACACCAAUACCCACCGAAAAGCAGCAGCAGUGUAUAGUAUGCAACAAUCGUUCGCAUAGGUCCUUGGGAGUAAUCUCCAUCCAGCUAUGUGGCAAGUAAGUAGGGAUUGCUUUGGACUGCAUUGGUUCAACUUGUAGAACACACUGAGCUUUUUUCACCCAGCUGAAAUGCAAGCAAUUUUGCAAAGCUAGUGUCACCACUUAUACCGCUACCAUGAAGUCAGGAACCCCAUCAAAGGAAAGGAAAGACGUAUCUAGCCUCUGCUUCAUUGUUUUCUUCCUUUUCUGACUUCCUCCAUGUAAAUGAAACUUCAAAAUCUUGUUUGCUUUCACUUGCCAGAGCAAGAAUAGUCUGUGAGUUAUGGUGCUCUGGCAAAUGUCAUUGCUCCUGCCCUGAAAAAAAGCCCGGAAGCUACGCUACACUUCUGGAAAUUUCACCAGCUUUACAUCCUAAUAGAAAUUAUUCUUUUCUCUUAGCAGUGCCUUGGGGUUUUCUUCUCACAGAGUUUAUGUAGUAUAGACAAUGGAACCAAGUAGGUGGGCCCAGGGCUAUGGUUCCUUCCCACAGUAGCGCUCUCCGUCCUGGUGAGCAGUUGUCAACCUGAACAUUAUAGACCUUUCAUGUUGCUAUGGGAUAAAGCAAGACUAGGGAAGCAGCUCCCAUGUUGCUAUAAUAAUAGUCCGGAACACAACCUCUCCACUGUGAUAUUCAUGGAAAGAAAACAGGAGAUGUUCUGCCUUGUGCUUUCUGUUUUUCACAUCUCUCUUUACUGUCUGAAUCAGUUCUUUGAUGUUUAAAAUUAACUUUAAUAAUUGGGUUUUUAAAUUGUAACCCACCUUGGGACCUCAUGGUGAAUGGCUGGUAAGAAAUCUGUUAGUAUUAACAGUUUCUACCUCCUACUCUCAUAGGAAGAGCCUGCUGGAUCAGGCCAAUGGCCCAUCAAAGUCCACCAUUUUGUUUUCACAGUGGCCAACCAAAUGCCUAUGGGAGGCCCGUAAGCAGGACACAAAUUCUAGUGUAAUGAGGCAGGGAGGUAUGCAGACUUGUGAAGAUGGGGCAGCGUUCAUCUCUGGAGGCCUGGGGUGUGAAAGGUUCUAUUUUGGACAUGAGAGAGAGAGGAGAAAGGAGAGGAAGUGAAACAGUUGUGCUUCCUGUUUGUCCGAUAUUGGUGUCGUGACCAAAGUUGCACCUAACUGCAGCAGGGCCCAUGUGUUACGAAUGCCCUUAAUUCUUCAUGCAUCCGUUUUUCAGCUCUGCAUUUUAAAAAUUAGAAAUCGUAACACGAAGGUAGAAAUGAUUAAAUUUUAAAAUUAUUUUUGAGACACGCUCCAUCUUUCAACAGCUGCCUUAAUCAGGGUGUGCGUGUUAUUGGGUCGUUGUUUCUAUUUUGACUAUAUAUAUAUAUAUAUAUAUAUUUUGUUCUGUGAACCGCCCUGAGACCUCCAGGUAUAGGGCGGUAUUUAAAUUCAAUCAAUCAAUCAAUCAAUCAAUCAUCAGCUUCAUUGCACACACAGAUGAAGAUCUACAUUCGCAGAGCCACAUCAGAUGCUCUUGCUGCAUUAAGAGCAUACGAUUUAAAAAUCUAAAUUUCAGGUUUUAGAUUACAAGUGGGAAUUUUUCAUUUACUUUUGGCUUUUUUAAAAUGUACGCAUGAAAAGUGUAGUGGCUAUUAAAUCAUUCAUUUAAAACCUUGCAGCUCCUGCUACCCAAAGAGUUAAACUCAUCUCUUUACCUACAAGCAAAAACUGGACUUUUGGUCCACAAGAUAUAGAGGAGUUAAUCUUCAUGUUAAGCGACUGCCCUGGAGUGAUGUGCAGGCCUUCCAGAGUAAGACAGAUGUUCGCUUCUCGAGCAUGUAGAAAGUCUGUAAGUAUUAAUCCGUUGGAGGUUUCAUAUUUAUUUCUUGCUUUUCUAUUAAAAUAACGCUCAAAGCUGCUUACUGGAUAACGGGACAUAGGAGGGAACUUCCUUUUUUAAGAUUAAGGAAGUAAAGUAUGUCAACCAAAAAUAGAUAAUGAUAGUACUGACCCUCAUGAGACUUUUAACAUUUUAUUUUUCAUCUACAGGUGAUGGUUGGAACAGCGCUUAAUGCAAAUGAGAUGAAGAAACUCGUCACCCACAUGGGUGAGAUUGAGCACCCUUGGAAUUGCCCACACGGAAGACCUACCAUAAGGCAUAUAGCCAAUCUAGAUCUGAUUUCACAAGAAUAACGAACCUUUAUGCACGUUCGUUAGGACAUUUUUAGCAUUUAUUCCAUUGGCGGAUGCUAUUGAGACCUCUUUUAUAGGAUUGUGAUUUAUCACGAUAGUCUUUUUCUCCCUUUGCAUCACAAAAGAUCAAGCUUACCAUGUUGUUCAAGAAAUAAACUACUAGAUGGGCAAAAUGUCUAUGCUGAUGCAACUAAGUGUGUGUAACUGAGGUUAUAGCUGCUCAUCUCUUGCAACUCCCACCAUGCACCAAACCCCAUGAUCCUUGGAUCUCUGCAAGUGUUUUAUCACAACACUGGCAUAGAUCCACGGUGUCUCCCCUUAUCCCUGCGCAGGUGAGCUGUCAUUAAGUCCUGCAACACCUUUUACUACCCUUUUAGAACAAAAAAGGCUGGAAAAUCAAGCCAGCACCUGUUUCUAUGGAUUAAGGCUUGGUUUGAGUUAUGUUGCUGCCUUUGGUCUACAUCAAACUACGUGUGAGGCAGGGAGAAAUUAGGUUUCUCUCUUCAGGGUUUCCCCCCCACGGCAGUUCCUUUUCACCUGCCCUGUAGGUGAACAAAAAGCGAAGGAGUAGGCUGAGAUACUUUGUCCUGUGCACCAGACAAUUGUCUCAAAAUUAUGGGACGGUAGGAGGCAAUUUGUGGUGUUCCCCUUGGUGGUUAUCCAGUGUAGUUCAACGCCUAAUAAUCUUGAGAGCCCAAGAAACUGUAUUUUCUGCCCACUGGGUUGGCGCAGCUCUGCCCUGGUUGGUUAAUCUAUUACAGAAUGAUCUGCUGGUCAUUUAUAUUAGUGUAGCUUCACUGCUAAAAACAGUUUCCUUUUAUUAAAUAACUUGUACAUAGAAAGGAUUUGUGUACAUACGUUCUUACUAUGGAUGGCCUUUUGUUUUUACAGCAGAUAUAUAUUUAAAAUAUUUUUUUAAAAAACACAAAUGAACGUUCUCCAGCUUUCUCAUUAAAUGAUUUUCCU